GAUUGUCGUUAUGUUUAUUCGUGCUAAGCGACGAUAAAAGCCACUUAUAUUUGCUUAAAAAGCUUGUACGUAAGUCUCUGAUUGUCUUAGCAACCAGUAGUCAGCUAACGCUAGCACCGCUGGUAAUUGUAGUUCUUCCCCAACAAACUGCAGCCCCUUCAGUCUUGCGUCACAUUCGGACAUGUAGCUAGUUAGCGACACAUCGCAACAGAAAGCUUGGGAUGGCAGAGGAGAGGAACGGAGAAGAUACGGUUUCCGAGUACCUGGGCCAGAACCCGCAGCUGGCCCAGUGGGUUGACACUUUGAGAGGUUACUGUGAGAGCAACAAGCAGUGGCUCGCUCGCAGAGAGUUCAUCCUCAAAAACAUGGAGGCUUUCCCCACAGUGGAGCCAGGAGUGUCCAACAGCAAUGUGGACAGGCUGCUGUCUCUGUCCAUGGUCUGGGCCAAUCACGUUUUCCUCGGCUGCAGCUAUCCCCAGGUUGUAAUGGAUAAGAUCAAGGAGAUGGGCGAAGGUAUAGUUGUCCAGGAUCCUCCAGUCCACAGGACCACAAAAGAUGAAGUCAUGAUCAAAGGAAAGAGAAGUGCCGCAAAAGUAGAGGCUGAUGCUGAUGGCUGCGUGAAAAGAGCCAAAUGUGGGCCUAAUGAGCUUGACAGUCGACCUGCUGUGAGGACAACCACGCGGCCUGUGAGUCAGAAAGCAGGGCCUCCUCCACAGGCUCCAGCGGAGCACCAGUCAUUCUUUAACCGCCUUUACAAAGCAGUGGCAUGGAAGCUGGUAUCAGCAGGCGGCUUUGGUCCCAACUUGGACCACUUUGAAAUUCUUCGGAGCUGCGUGGAGUCAUGUAAACAAACCCUGACCUGCGUGUUUGUGCCACUGAAGGACAUCGCAGGUCUCCCUGCAGGUCGCACACAGAAGGAAGGCCACGUGUGUGAGAUUCGCUGUCAGACUGUUUACAUAGGCACAGGGUACGGGCGCGAUGAAGCCGCCGCCAAAGCCAUGGCUUCCAAAGAAGCGCUCAAAGUCUUUCAGGGGAGGAAAGUGACUGUAAAGAUUUGUCGAAGGAGGUACAAAGGGAAAGAUGUGGAGGAUUUGAUGCUGUUGGACGAACAGCCUCGGAGUCAAGGAUUUCCUCCUGCUCUCAGCUACCCUUUUCAGGAUGAGCAGCUGGAAGAUGGUUCUACAUAGAGAAGACACUUGCCCUGAACUGAUUCAAGCUACUAAGGGAACUCAUGAUAUUAUCGGGACCAGACUGAUGCGCAGCAGCUUCUCUAUCACACUCAAACAUCUGUGUGUGUCUAUGGCGUUAGCUGUCAUGCAGCGUUUGGCACAAAAUGUUAAGAUUGCAAUACAGCAGAAAAACACAUGGAAUACUUCCCAAAAAACAUAUCUGAAUCCUUUAAUUUUCAUCUGCUGUCAGUUUCCAAUGUUUCAUAGACAGUGAGAUCUUGGAAUAUGUGCCAUGGAGCAUUUCAGCCUUGCUCAAAGGCAAAUCCACCACCUUCAUCUAAACAUUGUGUUACAUUAUACUGAUAUUCUUAGUUUUGAUCCAAGGAUAAUCAUUUUGUAUGAAUAUUUUGAUUGUUAUACUAGCAGAGUGGCUACACUCACAACUACAGUACAUUUUGUUUUGUUCAAAUCUAUUGAGGUGAGAAACCUCAUGUUUGUUUAGAUCCUCACACAUCAGUUAGGCAGUCUAAUAACGCUUGAAGUAAGUGGAUGUGGUAAAACUACUGCAGUGUCUGUGUUCUUUGUGUAAACAUGUUGAAUCUUUUAGGUUGUAACAGCUGAAAAUGAAACAAACAAAUUUUGAUGUGUAUAUUUUUAAUUUGUUCUCACUAGACCUUGUAUUUCAGAGUUGUUUAUUAACCCACACUUUUAUUCUAGGGAAGCACUGGCCUUCACUGAAGCUACUUGAUGCCAUUCUUUAAAUUAGCAGAAGUUCACAAACUGUUCCAAACAUGUUCUGGUUUAAUGGUGACGCAGGUGAUUCAGUCGUGUCAGUUCAUGGUCAAAGUGAGUGAUCUAUGAGAACCUCACCCAUGAGUUAUUUUAUAGUUUUGCUGGUCUUUCCAGACAUGUUCCUGCACACAAGUACUAAGCUCCUGCUUCUCUUUGAUUUCAUGAUGUAAGUGAAGGCCACUGACGGCCACAAUGCUGAGCAUAACUCCGAACGUAUGGAUCUGACCACAUUUCAGCCUUGUGUGCACCGUUGGGAAGUGUUUGAGACAAACUUAGAUGUGUACUUUCUUUAGUUCCAGUCUGGCUUGAAGUUGAACAGGUUUGAACUUGGUUCGGUGUCAGUGUGUGUUUACACCAGUGCUCCUGUUCCUCUAUAUUUUUAAAUAAACAUAAUUUAACUAUGA